AUGGCCGAAUCCCAGUCGAACAGGUAUGAUCGCAAGAUCACAUACCUUGAGCGAGAAUACCAAGAUUACUCCUUCAGACGUGAGAUAUACCUCGCACCAAUUGACCUGGUCAGUUCCGAAAAUUCGAACCUCGGUGUUGAAAAAGCUCACCGAUUGGCGCAGGAGGAAGAGACCCGACUUCAAGAUCAGCAUGAGAUGUUGAAACUUAUAUAUCAUGAUUGGGAUAACGCACUCCACCCAAAUUUUAUUCAGGAUCCAGAGGCGAUUCUUGACUGUGGAUUUGGAUCCGGGAACUGGGCGUAUGAUUUAGCAGAAUACGAUUCAAAUUGCUCACGGAAUCGCGGUAAAUAG